AUGAAGCUCUCACUCGCUCUUCUCGGAUUGAGUGCCAGCAUUGUCUCUACUUCUCCAUUAGACAAAUGGUCAUCCAGGUUCCAUGCGUCACCGCACGCGGUGGACAUGUUCAAUACUGCUAUUGAAUGGAAUGAUGGGUACUGGGAUGACGAGGCCGGCUAUCUGAUCAGCGCAGCCAGUAGUCCUGGACGCUAUGAUAGUCGGCACACGGCCUGGUAUGCACCUCAAUUAUUAGCUAGAAAUGGACCGGGUGAUGUUGCAAAAGCCAUUCGCAUUUUUGACAAUGUCAUCUCUGGUCAAUAUCUCGAUCCAUCUAAACAGUGGUAUGGGGAUUAUCAACAAGCGCCUUCGGAGCCUCAGCCUGGGACGCUAGUAUAUCCUGAUGAUGGCCCAUACAGCUCGUGGGAUCCAAAUAUUCGCGUCUUCGUGGGCUGUUCUUGGAUUGUGGCCUUGAAUGAUUACGGCCACCUGCUUCCACGCGCGACAGUCGCCAAGGUGGAGAAGUCCUUGCACAUUGCCGCCAAAGGCGAUCUUUAUCGCGUUGGAGGAGUUGAUGGCGACAAUUCUUACCCCUGCUACUCUAAUCCCUGGUUGAUGCGAACGAUUUUCCACAACUGGGUUGGUGCACGAGUGGGCGAUGCAAACCUGACCCAGUCUGGUGAGAUAUUCGCACAGGAUAUCUACGACCUCUGGAGUAAGCACCACACAUUAUCCGAAUUUAAUUCUCCAACAUACGCUGGCGUCGCCAUGUGGGCUCUGGCUCUCUGGAACCAGUACGCGACAAAGGACAGUUCGUUGAAGAAGUAUGGACCAGAGAUGCUCGAAGCCAGCUGGAAUGAACUUGCUCAGCUUUAUAACGCAAACCUGAAGAACCUUGCUGGCCCUUGGGAUCGGUCAUAUGGUUACAAUAUGAAGGAAUACGCAUCUCUUGUCGGCGCCGUCAUUUGGGGUGUGAUUGGCCGCAAGCAUGCACCCGUUCCUCAGCAAAAUUUGGGCAUGUUCCAUCAAGAUGAUCUGGCAUUCUACCCUCUCUUCGCCUUGUCAAUGCCUACAAUGGUCAAGACUAUGUCUGAAAAAGCAAAGGCAAGUUUGCUCAAAUUCCCCGGCGAGCAUGUGUAUAGUUCGCAGGCUUUCUCGCCGCCCUUUGAUACUUAUCCUCGCAAUAUCACUGCUUGGAUGUCCAAGGAUGUGACAAUUGGCGCAGAAACAAUUGCCGAGGAACUUGUCGGAGGUCCCAGCAUCAACCCCAGUCAAUUCAGCCCUGCCGUUAUUCAGUGGGCUAUUGACGAGCAGAAGAUUGGCUGCAUUUCACACUGGGUUACCGAGUCAUCUAUUCAUGCUGUGGCCACCCCUGGGUCUUUGCACAUCUCAUACCCGAACGCAACAUCUGCGCUAGGUCCGAUUUCAUUCAACUUCUUGUUCAGUGGCCUCACGAUCAACAAUGGGUUCAAUGUAACUGGGCUGGAAGGUCUACCUGGGUUGAAACUCAAAGUCUCGACAAACGCGCAACCGGAUUAUACAAUGACUUACGUCGGUUCUGGUGGUGUUAAUGAAUUUUCGUAUUACAACGUUACAUAUACGAUGCCUGAGAGUUUCACUGGGGAACCCUUUGUGACCCUUCAGAUAGUUUGA